AUGGGUGGAGGCGAUCUAAACUUGAAGAAGUCCUUCCAUCCCGCGCUGCGGCGCAAUCAGCAGGCCGUCUGGGAUGAAGAAAACAAGGCCCUCGCCGAGCGCAAGCGAACACAACAGCGCAUCAACGAAAUCAAGGAAGAGCGCGCGAAAGAAGAAGUUCAGCGACAACUCGAGGCCGCUGGAGGCAGAAAGCGCGUCGAUCGCGUUGACUGGAUGUACCAAGGUCCCAACGAUGGACAGGCUGGCACGACAGAAGAAUCAGAAGCAUACUUGCUGGGCAAGCGACGUAUCGACAAUCUUAUCAAGGGCACGGAACACAAGAAGUUGGAGAAGGAUGCGGGGACAGAGAGUUUUAUGGCGUUGCAGAAUGCGAAUACUGCGAGGGAUACAGCUGCCAAGAUUCGCGAUGAUCCGUUACUGGCUAUCAAGCGACAAGAACAAGCUGCCUACGAAGCUAUGAUGAACGAUCCGAUCAAGCGCCGACAACUACUUUCGUCGAUGGGAGUGGACGAUGAGAAGAAGGAAAAGUCACGGAGGAGGGAAGAUCGACACGAUAGGCAUCGAAGGAGGCAUCGUCACCGCAGCGCAGACCCUGACGAUAGACAUCACAGAAGACGACGCUCUUACUCACGAUCGCAAAGUCCACGACGUCGCGAUGACUCAAGAGAAGAUCGGCACAGGCGACGCAGAGACGAUAGUCGAGAUGAUCGUUCGCGACGCAGACGCGAUGAUUCAGAGGAUGGAGAGCACAGACGUGAACGCCGCUCCCGCCAUGAGCGACCACGCCAUGAGCGCCCCCGCGAUAGUCGACGAGAUUCACGAAGAAGUUACCCCGACUCUCGCGACAGACGACCACGAUACAACGAAGAAGACGACAAAGCCAAAGAGGAAGAACGUCAGCGCAAGUUAACAGCGAUGCAAUCUGCAGCAACAGAGCUCGACGACGAUCGCUCAAAGCGCCUUACGGCCCUGGAGGAACGGGAAGCAGCACUCCGAGAUGCAGAUGACAAGGCACGAGAACGCGGAGGUGAUCGCGGGUUCGUUAAUAAAUUACAUCAACAAGCAGGCCACAAGGGUCUUGCGGAACGUAUGGGCGGAGCACGUCGUGGAUAUCAAAAGGACGAGGAUUAG